GGCGGCCGGGCUGCGCGCGCCCCCGGCCCAGGCCCCGCCCCCGGCCUCCCGCUCGCGGCGCCGGCGGAGUCGGGCCAGUCAGGUGCGGCGGCGCUGCAGCCCAAGUUGCGCUCGCCGGGCCGCUCCGCCUCAGGGCCGCCCCCCGCCGCCCCGCGCCGCCGCCCGGCCCGCGCCCCCGCCGAUGCCGGCCAUGGUGGAGAAGGGCCCCGAGGUCUCCGGAAAGCGGAGGGGGAGGAACAACGCGUCCAGCAGCGCCGCCUCCGCCGCCGCCGCCGCCGCCUCCGCCGCCUCCGCCGCCGCCUCGGCCGCCUCCACGGCCGCAGCUUCGGCCCCCGCCGCCCCGGCCGCCCCCAGCAACGGGCAGAAUAAAAGUUUGGCGGCGGCGGCGCCCAAUGGCAACAGCAGCAGCAACUCCUGGGAGGAGGGCAGCUCGGGCUCGUCCAGCGACGAGGAGCACGGCGGCGGCGGCAUGCGGGUGGGACCCCAGUACCAGGCGCUGGUGCCCGACUUCGACCCCGGUGAGUAGCGAGCGGCCCUCAGGCG